GUAAAUGAUUUGGAUGGUGGAGAGAGGAGACUUGAGGAGCUUCUUGGAUGGCAUGCAGUGGGCUAUGAUAAUAUUUGCAUAUUAUUCUAUGUUGUCAAUAUGGCUUAUUCUACUAAUUCCAAGGGUAGAGAUUACAUGUGUUGGAACUUUUGGUUGUGGGUUGAUGAUGAUGCUGUGCCAAUCUCAGGUCGUCAAUGGCCUUUCGUGUGGAGAUGUCGUGUCUGCUUUGAAUCCUUCGUGUUGGGAGACGGGCCUCCGAAGUCCAGUGAUGGUUGCUGCUCAGGUCUCAUAGAGUCUGGAUUUUCUUCUGAGCCGUGUCUAUCACUGUUAAUGGCUUCAACAAAAAAGGAAUACCAAGCGAUCUACUGCGUAAGGAGAGUUCGUUGGCUUUCGAAAGUUUAAAACCGUUCACAGAAAAGUCCUUGAUGCAGUUGCACGCAUCAGCUUGGGUCUUAGCUAAGCUUCUGCAGCAUCCAUCACCGGCCUUUGGGGGAGAACCAUUUCCAACCAAGAAGCCUUCACAAGGUUUGAAUACAGAUCCACACGAGAGGCCAUUAACUGCCGGAGCUGCUAAGAUCAUCAACAUGAUUGCCAAAGUCUUCAAGGUAGAGCUAGCUACAACCAGGGAAUUUAAAUUUUAGAAUUGAAUGCAUCCAUAGAGGCCACUAUAACAAAUAUCAAAUUUCCAGAUUUGACAUAUAUAUAGGAGCUGCACUCAAGAACCAUAUUUUCAGAAUUAAACAUGUCAGUAGGGGCUGCAAUAGAAACGCUCGACCCAACCAGAGUAGCCAAUCCCUAAAC